AUGGCAGACGAAAUUUCUGACCUGGUUAAUGGUGCUGGUGACAGCACAGUCACUGAGUUUGCAACCUAUGAGGAGUAUUUGGAUAGUCAAAUUACGUCGUUGGAUAUGUUUUAUCUCGAGGACAAGGAACUGGCUCGACAACUUGUUGAAUUAGGUUAUCGAGGAUCUGGAGAACCACUCAAACGCGAAGAGUUUGAAUCUCGUAAAAAGGCUGCCGAAAACUUUCGUCUUUCUAAACGACUUGCAACAAAUGUCCUCUCUUCAUUUGGCAAAGACCAAAGCAAGUAUCCGUUUCUUCACGCUCUUGCUGAACGUGAAGAAGCCAAUCGAAGUGGAAAACUCACUUCAAUUAUUUUUAUUAGAACAAAAAACAACAAGGACCAAGAAAUAAGUGGAUACAUUGACUAUUCACAUAGGUUAAAGAUUGAAAACUUUGAACCUUAUUUCAAUCACACAAAAACUUUUCAACCUAGACCAAGUGAUAUGAGUUUUUACAAUUGGGAAACUCAAACAUGUACGAGUAAUGCUACACCCAACUUUCAGGUUAUUGCUGAUAAUGAGAACGGAUUGUUGUUUAAAAACAAACGAGAUCGAAAGAUUAUUAAUGUGGAUCCAAGGGAGUUUCGUCCUGGUGAUAAUACCAGUCGUACACAGAUUUUGACAAAGGAGCAUCUUCAGGUUGUCAUUUACGAUCAUCUUACCCGCCGCAAAACAUAA